CCAUGACGUUAUUUUUGUUAUGUAUACCAGCUGAUCAACAGCGCGAGCGUUGCAGUCAAGCCGCGACGUUGGAAAUAAUACAAAAGAAACGGUCUAUUUUCGUGUCUAAUCGUGUUUAUUUCCGUCCUUUGUUCGGUUUGUAUAAUUCAGGAUUAAUUCAGCAGCCAGCAAAAACCUUUUCCAGAUGAGCGACUCGACCGCCAGUGUGCUGUACAGGUUGGGCCACAACAAACUGGCCUGAUACGCUGGCCUUAGGUGUAGCAGCAGUUAUUAACUGAUAUCCAGGAAAAUACGUGGCGGGUGGUGGAAAUAAUGGACAUUGUAAAAGCUGUAAGAACUUGCAGUGGUCAGUGACUAAAGAUCAGGCAGUCAUCUAGAGGCUAACACAGAAGGAAAGUGUUUUAAGUUGCUAGCAAGACAUAAACGUCAUAUAAUUAGGCUACCUGUUGGUCUCUGAUGUCAGACAGCACAGCCAUUGCCAUAACAUAUAUAUAUAGCUACCAGAGAAAUUGAGUACAAUGUGGUUAAAACUCUUUUUCUUGCUCCUGUAUUUUUUGGUUUUGUUUGUCCUGGCUCGAUUUUUCGAAGCCAUUGUGUGGUAUGAGACUGGGAUCUUUGCCACCCAGUUGGUGGAUCCUGUAACACUGAGCUUUAAAAAGCUGAAGACCAUCCUGGAGGGCAGAGGACUGGGAUACUCCGGUCUUGCUGAGAAGAGGGAUGUCAGAGAGCUGGUUGAAAACUCUGGAGACCUGAUGCAAGGGGAGCUCUAUUCAGCUUUAAAAAAUGAAAAAGAAGAAGCAGGAUCAGAUUCCAGCACCAGUUUUAGUGGGGAGAUGCACUUCUAUGAGUUGGUGGAAGACACUAAGGAUGGCAUCUGGUUGGUCCAGGUAAUAGCCCAAGACAGAAAUCCACUACUGAGCACAGUCAACUGGGGGAAGAUGGUACAGAAAGUUUCUCGCUUUGGCAUUCGCACUGGCACGUUCAACUGCUCGAGUGAUGCCAGAUAUUGCCAUAAACGUGGCUGGAUGAAGUCCACUUUGAUCAUGUCAGUCCCCCAGACUUAUGCUUCUAAAGGAAAGGUCAUACUGAAAGAGUAUAACGGUAGGCGAAUUGAAACCGAGCACAUCUUCAAAUGGAUGACUGCCCAUGUUGCCUCUCGCAUCAAGACCAUCCGUUUCUCACAACAGUUAAUAGAUGACUGGUACCAGAGAGAUACGCAACCUGUGAAGAUGUUUUUGUUUGCCAAACUGCUCCAGCCCCCUGCCUUCUUCUCAGCCCUCAGCAUCAAAUUCACAGGGCGCAUAGAGUUCAUCUUUGUCGAUGUUCGCAACUGGGACAACACCACUUGCUUGGAGGAGAUCGGGGUGCAACAGAUGCCCUCGUAUAUUCUCAAAACACCAGAGGGUAUCUACAGAUAUGGCAACAGCACUGGGGAGUACAUUUCUUUGCAUGCCAUGGAAACAUUCCUACGCUCUGUUCAACCAGAGGUCAAUGAUCUAUUUGUUCUAAGCUUGGUUAUGGUCAACCUGAUGGCCUGGAUGGACCUUUUCAUAACACAGGGAGCCACGAUUAAGCGCUUUGUGGUUUUGAUCAGCACACUAGGUACCUAUAAUUCUUUACUCAUCAUUUCUUGGCUCCCUAUUCUUGGAUUUCUUCAGCUACCAUAUUUGGAUAACUUCUAUGAGUAUAGUCUUAAACUGCUGCGCUAUGCAGACACCACCACUCUUGCCUCUUGGGUUAGGGCAGAUUGGACCUUCUAUUCUUCACACCCAGCACUUUUCCUGAGCACAUACCUGGCCCACGGGCUCCUCAUAGACUACUUUGAGAAAAAGAGGAGAUGUGGCAACGAAGACCAAAAUGCAAACAACCUGGAGUGGCUGUCCAGCCUUUGGGAUUGGUAUACCAGCUAUUUAGUACAUCCCAUUGCCUCCUUUCAGAAUGAGUCAGACUGGGAUGAUGAUCCUAAUUUCCUUUUAGAAAGGUUGGCCUUCCCAGACCUCUGGCUUCGCCCACUUGUUCCCAUCGACUACAUCAAAAAUCUGCCCACUUGGAGGUUCAGGUGCACAAAGUCAGUGGGGACCACCAGAAUGGACCAAGAUAAUCCAACAAACAAGAUAGACCAUCUGUCAUUCGUGGAACCAGGCAGUGAGCAGCGAGAACAAGGCUACAACUCCGAGAGGGCUCAUACCAGUAAAGAAAGUUCUGUUGGGAAGAGGUCUCAAGAUUCUGGGUCUUGUGGAGAGGAACAGGACACUGAUUGGUCCCAGUGGCCCUGUGGUAUGCUUCAUUGCACAGAAUGUGUUGUUUGUUUGGAAAACUUUGAAACAGAAUGCCUUGUCAUGGGACUGCCGUGUGGCCAUGUGUUUCACCAGCAGUGCAUCGUGGUGUGGCUGGCAGGCGGGCAGCACUGCUGUCCAGUGUGUCGAUGGCCAUCCUAUAAGAAGAGACCAGCCAGACAACCCUAUGCAGAUUUUCCACUCGAACCAGAAUAGCAUAUACCUUUCAUUAAAAUUCUCAUACAUAACUUAUGAAUCCUUGAUGUGCCCAUUGUAAGUCUGUAGGCCUAUAGAUUCAUCUUAUUGAGUCCUGUUUUUAUUUGUGGUGAUAUUAAUCUGCAUACACAUUAGUGUGUUAUGCCAUUUUCUUUUUGGACACAUCAAGUCUAGACAUGGACUAUAUAUUAAUUAGAAACAUUAAAUUAACCUUUUUAGUCCAUGACUAAUGCUUAAUAUAUACCAAAAAAAUUCGCCUACUGGGUACCUAAAUCUUGCUAACAUGAUUUAAGUAUAUACCUAGAGAUUGUGUGAAAAGUACGUUUUUAUAACUGGCAAAGUGAAGCACUUUUAUUUGUAUCAAAGAAGGUAACGGCAUAACUAUUGAAAAGACAAGUAGCUUUCUUAGCUCUUAAAGUUUUGAAGUUUUAUUGAUGAAUUAAAAAAAAAUCCCUGUCAUAGUUCCAUGUAUAUGUUUAUCGUGUAUUCAGUAUAGAAAUGCAAUCAAUUACAAUUAAAAUUUCAGACCUUGUAUAACACAAAUCAACCACAGCUCUAGGCAUCUCAACUGAUGAUUAGUAAUUACAUCUUUAGACCUUUCUCAGGUGGACAGCUCUGACCAGUAUCUAACAUGGUGGACUUUUCUUAGCGGUUCUACUAAAAUUCUGGUGAUUCUUUAGUUAGUUGCUGGUUAUUUGAGUAGUAGUCUGUAAGAGGACAAGGAUUAACGCAAUUAAAAAGCUGUACUGUCACAUCUAGCAAAACUGGCUUUAGUGUUUAAACAGCAUUGGCAUGUAACAAUUAAACUCAACGUUCUUUUAUAUCGGAGUUUUCAUUUCCAGUCCAAUUUAAGGCAGAGAUUGUGGUAUGAUAUUAAUACAAGGAGUCUCGCACAUAAACUCACUAUAUAGGGGGAAGUUCUUUACACAAGUACCCGAGUUGUUUGAUGUCUGAAAGGGAAAAACGCCCACGGAAAUGUGGGUGAUAAUCCAGUUUUAUCUGCAUUUACUGGUCAGUUAGAGAUGCUUAAAUGUAGACUAUGGGCACAUCGAAGUCAGAUUCACCUAAAACACCUUCUCUCAAGUCUUCUCAAAAUAGAAUUUUGUCCUGAAAACAAAAUACAAUAAAUGUCAGUCUUGCAUAAUAACUGUGUAGUAAAAACAAAUGUUAAUAUUUGUUAAAGUAACUGACCUGUUUGACUGUCAUUUUAAUUUUGCCAACAUCAGGAUUCAUUCCCCAAGUACGACUCUUCUACACGGCCCACUGGCCUUCUUAAAGGUUAGCUUGCUCACAUCAAGCUGACCUAAUCAGGCAUUGUAAACAUGGGAGGAUGUCUUGACCAUCCUAACCGGCAUUUAUUUCAGCAUUGCAUUUUGUCAACUGUUCAUGCAGACUGUAAGAUUUAGACAAUUUAGUAAAUGUAGCUUUUCAGAGUCAGGUUGUAAGUCUGUAAUUUUAUUUCAGUCAUCAGAGACCUCUAGACACAUCAACCUUAUGUUUAAUCCAAAAAAACAACAACUUAAUCAAACAAAAAUGGAAAAACCUGCUUGCAUACAAGGUAAAAUGGCCAAGAUUGAUCUGCCUGCUAGAUCCAUCUCUAGUCAAAUAUUUUUUUGCCUUAUUUUUCCCCAUGAAGCAUGGAAUUUGUUUUCCCUCUGGCCAGAAUGUAUGUAUUGUAAUACCAUUAUUAAUGACCUUACCCCACUGACUUUUUGUGUAAAUUUGAAACAGAAAUUGGAUCAUUGGCUUAAUGUGAUGUUCAAUUCAUUAAAGUUGACUUUCACAGUUUUA